AUGGUAUCAGAGUGUGAAUGUGAUAAGUUCCGAGCCUUGUGCAUUUGUGGGACCCGUCUCAUGAGUGCACGGCGUCUGUUGCGCCUCGGAUUUGGGUUCUGGGGCGUGACAGAUUUAGUGGUAUCAGAGCUUAGGGACGAUUCUGAUUCGUGUUGUCUGAAUAUUCUAAUCCAUUCUGAUGAGAUGGAUAUCUGAUUGUUCUUGUUUCUUGCCUUCAUACUCUGUGUGAAGUUGUGAAAGUAAUCUUGCCCGUUAUGUCCUGAAGACCUUGUUUUGAAACUUGGUCAUUUUCUGAUAGUCCGCACUUGUUUAGGCUUGUUACGUGAAUAGAAUUUUUGUGUGCUCUUUUGCACAAUUGUGAAAUCUGGGGAGUUGCAGAGAUUUUUGUUAUUGCUCUUGUUAGUCUCUACAGCAUAGCUGGUGGAGAAUUUGUUUUGUUUGUCACAUGACCAGUGAAGGAUGGGAAAUGGAUAAUGAUGAUUGGAAUCCUCAUUAUCUUGAUACUUGUUUGAAAUUAAUUCUUGCAUUGUUCUUGGAAUCUAUUUUGAGUUGACCUUGAAAAUGUUCUUGUCUUGACUCUUGCUCUUGCUCAAAUUCUGUAUACUGCUCUUGCUCAAUUCCGCAUAUUCUGUUAGUUCUUGUUUCAGUAUACCUGUUGAUCUUCUUGAUUCUUGGUUUUUGUUCAUAUGGACACCUCUUUAGGAGGGGUGACGAUUAUCAGAAGAUAUCUAUGUGAGGCAUCCUAAUUCCUGUCUCUCACAAGUGUUAGUCUCUGUAUUCUUGAUGUCUUAGCUUGACUUGACUCUAGAAUGUCUAGGCUAAGCAGAUUGUAGCCUCCAUGAGCUACGAGGUGAAAGGGGUAUUCUUUGAAGUACCUGCUGCCCUAGAGUUUUGUUCCAAGAGAAAUGGUUCUUUUAUUUGGCUGUUUGGAUUUUUGUUUGCCCUUUUAAUUAGGAGACAUGAAUCUUCUAGGCAUCUUGAUUCCAGCCAUUGCUUUGUUCUGUUAAUUAAUUCUAGUACUUGAGGAUUUAUUUUUAUUCCUUGUGUUUCUCAUGUCACCCCAGCCUCUAGUAGCUCAUUUCAUGGUAAACCCUGUUAAGUGAUUAAUGUUUUGCCUUUUAAGAUUAGUCGUGAUUUGUUAUCAGAGUGGCGCAGCGGAAGCGUAAUAGGCCGUGUUCUGUUCCUAGAAAGUGAUGAGGCAUUUGUUUUGUCUUGGAUUGGGUGAAGCCAUUCACCACUUGAUGUGGUCCUCAAUUUGAGUUUUGGGGACAAAACUCCUUUUUAGGAGGGGUGGAUGUAAUACCCCGAAAUUUUGUGAUAUUUUAGCAUUCAGUUAAGGACUAAAUUGUGGAAAGAUAU